AUGGCUGCCACAUCCGCCAACGGAAUGGGACCGAUGCCCGCAGCAAUGCACAGCGGUAGCGUUUCUCCUCGCACCGUGACAACGCCCAAGGCAAUCACGUUCGUCUUGGUCAAGCCAUUCCGAGCGCGCUUGCCUUUGCGGGUGCAAAUCUAUCCUCACGACACAACGGACUCAAUCAUUACUACGGUCAAGAAUUUCUACGGCCUCUAUUCAGGCCCGGGCGUCUCCAAAGGCGUCAGUUUCGAGGACGAGGAUGGCAACACCCUCAUUGCGCGAUACGAGAAUUUCUCCCACGAGAUGACAGUUCACGUGCGUGUCAUUGAGGAGCCCCUCGGGCCCGAAUACUACGCCGCUCUUGAUGGGGCCCAGGGUUAUUACCAAGCCGACAGCUACCUGCCUCACGGGCCUCAGCAUGAGCAUCAUGCCUCCCGGCCCACGUCCAGGGCGUCACGCCUUCGCAGUCCCUCGCCAAAUGGCGGUCGCGGACGCCGCAACACGCCAGCGGGGACCAACCACGCCGGGGGUAAGAAGGGCCGGUCGCGCUCCUCCAAGACCCGAAUUCAAGGGAACGGUGACGGGCACAGCGACAGCUUUAACGGCUAUAGCAGCGGCGAUGGCGCCGCCAGCUCUUUCUCCAGCCGAGCCAGGGACCAGCUUGGUAAUACAGACAUCAGCGUUGAAAACAUCGUUGAGGGUGGCCGCCGCAAGCGUGCCAAGUUCGAGAGCUCGGAACUGCCUCUGUUUGCCCCUCCACAAAUGCCGGCGGCAACAUCAAAUCCUUCUGUCUCGCCCGCCCGCCGAACCGAUCCUCAUCGGAAAUCGCUGCCAUGGACGCAGUCCGGGCAGAACCCCUUCAGCCACCCACACCCGCUCCAGUCCCCGCCGGCAUACAGUGGUGGCUACACAGGAUUGUACACCACGCCGGGAAGUGACAACCGUCGUAGUCGCGGGAGCUUCGGAUAUCCGGCCGGCCAAGGAACGAAUCCUGGCGCCCAACUGAUGGCAACCCCAGACCCGACGGUGGGAAGCUCUGCCGGCAUGUCUGAGGAGGACAAAGAUCUCGCAAUGCAGCUCAUGCGUCUGGGCGAGGUGUCGACACACGGGCGCGCCUCUGCGUCCACAGUGGACGAUGCAUUCAGCGGGAGGGCCGAUGCCGCCUCCUCUACGGGCGCAACCAGUGACGCGGACAGCUACAGCGAGGACGACGCGCCUGCGGCGCGGAGACAACGACUUGACGCUUUGGGUAACCACAAAAAGGCGUUGGAUGCCACAGAGAGCCACUUUGUCGGCCCCAAGGAUAACGCCGAAGCUAGCUCGGAUGAAGAAGAUUGUUCAGACGGUGCUGAGAUCGGCACAAUGGCUGCUCCGCCGAGGAAGGGAUCCAAGCUGAGGGCCAACACGCCGAACGGUGUCAAGUCUCGCCCACAAUCGUCGCACAAGACGAAACCCUCCAAAGUGGCCAAGCCGAAGGCCAAGAAGGCGGUAAGCAGCACGGGACCUAUGACGCCGGCUUCACUUCCCGCGUCGCGGAAGCAGUCGAUUGCCUCCACCCCUGCCUUCCCCCUAACGCACAACGAAGAGGAGCAACCCGACCUCUCGACAAAGCCUCGCUGCCAAAGGUGCCGCAAGAGCAAGAAGGGCUGCGACAGACAAAGGCCUUGUGGCAGAUGCCGGGACGCCGGUAUUCCCGCGGAGCUCUGCAUCAGUGAAGAUGAGGGGAACGGACGCAAGGGCCGAUACGGUCGGCACAUGGGAGUGCCCAUCAAGAAGGAGGAUGCGCCGCGGUCAGUCGCAAGCUCAUUACCCGCCGUGCCGCCCGCCGUCGAUGCGGCUGCGUUCUUGGAAUCAGCUGCCGAGAUCUUCGACAAAACCAAAAAGCGCAAGAGGCCUACUCCAUCCUCGCGCCCGAUCCCUCAUGCAUCCACGUCUGCAGCUUGA